ACGUAUCCAGUGGCGUGUCCAGUGACGAAUCCAUUUGACGCGUCCAACGCAUGCGUCUUGUCCUCCGGAAACACCUAUAAGCGUCCGGAAACACCUUCGUGCCUCAGACGACAGCGGCUUUUCGAAGCUUCGACAGCGGCUUUUCGACGGCGGCUUUUCUCUGAAGUGGACACUUUUCGUCAAGCUCUCGGCUCUCUCCCACCUGCUUGCUACCCAGGACCGGUACGCGGCUUUCCACCAUGGCCUCAGAGACUGAGAAUAUUAUGUGUCUCACCACAGAAAAUGCAGAGAUUCCAGCUGAUUUUGUGGAGCUGCAGUCACUUGAUGAUAUCGAGACAGUUUCUUUGGAAACCAAUGUAAGCCAAACCAUUGAAGUAUAUGGAGAUGUAGGUGUCGAUUGGGCACAUGGUGGCCACUACCACUCUCCUCUUACGGCUCUGCAGCCACUUUCGGGCAACAACCUGAGUAAUGGCGAUCAUGAUCAGGAAAUGAUUAUCUUGCAGACACGAGAGGAGGUAGUGGACUACCAAGACUCAGACAACCUACUAUUCGGUACUGAAUUUGAAAGCAAGAUGGUUUUCCCACUUGAAGAUGACUAUCUCCAGCCAACCACUGCCUCUUUUUCUGGCUUCAUGGUGGCAGAGAAUGGUCAAGAUGAGCUCAGCCCCUAUGGAGGGAAUCUCUGUAGUUUGACGACCCUGAUCGAGGCAGGUGCAGAAGAGAGUGUGAACCCUGACCUGGGUGACAAACAGUGGGAGCAGAAGCAGAUACAACUCGAUGAUCUUGAUGGAGAAUUUCCCUUCAACAUGUGGGAGGAUGACAAUGAAAAAGAAGAUCCCCUGGCUGAAGAACAAGCUGGUGGUGAGUCACCCCCCGAUUAUUCCGAGUAUAUGACAGGAAAGAAAUUUCCUCCUGAAGGAAUACCUGGCAUUGAUCUUUCUGAUCCCAAACAACUGGCAGAAUUUACUAGCAUGAAACCCAAAAAGCCAAAAGGAGACUUUCCAAGACCCGUAGCAUGCUCUCAUAAAGGCUGUGGGAAGAUGUUCAAAGAUAAUUCUGCUAUGAGAAAGCACUUGCAUAUCCAUGGGCCUAGAGUGCAUGUCUGUGCAGAAUGUGGUAAAGCUUUUAUAGAGAGUUCGAAGCUGAAACGUCAUCAGCUGGUUCACACUGGAGAGAAGCCCUACCAGUGUACCUUUGAAGGCUGUGGCAGACGCUUUUCCCUGGAUUUCAAUUUGCGAACACACGUGCGAAUCCAUACUGGAGACAAACCCUUUGUGUGCCCAUUUGAUGCCUGCAACAAGAAGUUUGCUCAGUCGACAAACCUGAAGUCGCAUAUCUUAACACAUGUUAAGAACAAGAAUGACCAGUAAAAAGAAGUGAGAAGAUCCUUUUGAAGCCUGGGAAGUAUUUUACAGUAAUGUGCCUGUUUAAUGUGCCCCUUGUUUGAAUAGUUUCUAGGAAAUGAAUUGUACAUAUUUGAGGUUUAUGUUUUGAUAGAGCAAAAGUUAAAAGUUUUAUGUUGGUAAGAUGCUCUAUUUUAUACUGCAGUGGUGUUUUUUCGACGUUUAACAGGAGACUAAUUCACAAACCUUAUAUUCUUGCUAAAGAUGGCCUGCAUUCAUUUUAUGCUGGAGGGUUUUUUUGAGGUAUUUGGUUAACAAGAGGCUAAACCGUGAGCCUCAUAUUCCUAAGAUAUCCUAUCUUCUACAGUGGUAAUUUUAUGAAACUUGGUUUCAACAAGAGACUAUUUCAAGAGCUAGAUAUCCCAAGAUGACCUGUUUUAUUCUGCAGUGGAAUUUUUAUGAAGCUUGCUUUCAUCGGACUAAUUCAAAUGGUCUGUGCUAUUUUGCACUGAAGUUUUUUGAGAAGUUUGAUUUCAACAGGAGACUAAAUUAGAAACCCUAUUGUCAAUAAGAUAUUCUAAGAGAUGAUUUUCUUGUGAAGUUUGGUUUCAACGGGACUAAAUCUCAAACCUCAUAUUGCUCAGGUAUCCUAUCUUCUGCAAUGGUGUCUUUUUGAAGCUUGGUUUGUUUCAACAAGAGACAAUUUCACGAACUUCAUAUGCUAAAAUGACCUGUAUUAUUCUACAAAUGGUAUUUUUAUGAAACUUCAACAAACUUCAUUUUGCUAAGGUGCCCUGUAUUACUCAAGUAGUGUUAUUGUAAAGUUGAUUUUGACAUAGAAAACUCAUGAACCUCAAAACAUAAUGUUGCUAAUAUGCCCUGCUUUGCUCUGUAGUGGUGUUUAUUGAAGUUUGGUUUCAACAGGAGACUUAAUUCAUGAGCCUCAUAUUUUUGUUAAGAUGUCCUGUCUUAUUUUGCAGUGGUUUUUCUGUAAAAUUUGGUUUUGACAGGAAAAUAAUUCAUGAAAUUCAUGUCAAAUUACAUUUCUUUAUCCAACUAUGUGAAAAUGGGACUUUUGUAUUCUCAUAAAUAUGAAGUUUACUUACUAUGUUUUAAAAAUGUAUAUUCUAAAUGCUCAUGUUUAUACUUUUAGGAAUAUGUUUAGUAAUUGUAUAUCUGAUUUCUGUGGAGUUGAUGUUUGUAAAAGUAGUCUUUAAAAAAAUGACAGUUUUAUACAUUCAUAUUAUUCUGAUAAAGAAACUUUAUAGGUUUGUUUGUUGUCUUAAGUUUGGCAGUAUUCCUUGAUACCAAGACAUUUUGCAUAAGUUUCUUUUAUUUGUAUUGUACAGUAUAGAACGUUAGAUGACAUAAUUUUAUUAGCCAGUUUAAGCAUCUUUUAAUCACUUUAUCUCGUUCCUGAAUACUAUUUAGAGUGCUAGUGUUGAGUGUAAUUUCUUUAAUCAAUUAAGAGUAGUGUUGAUUGCAUAAUAUUUUGUCUUCAAAUUGAUUGCAAGUUUGAUGUAUACUUUCAUGUAAUAGAAAAAGCAAAAAUAAAACUGUUUGAAGAGUU